UUGGUUAUCGAAAGGCUCUCGCUCUUUCCCCUCAAUGCUUUUCUCUUUCUCUCUCUCUCAUCACUACAUGAAGGAGCUCCCCUAUCCUCAAAGAUAGAUACACACAUAUACAAAAUAUUUUGCUGAUAUAGAGAGAGAAAUUAGAGUGAGAAAGUUGUUGAACUUGUAUCUAGUGUGUUGAUUGAUAUUUUUGGUCUGAUCCAGUGUUGAUUUGGUACAGUUCAGUGAUUUUGUCUGGUGAAUUUUGGAGUUAAUUUGUGAGAAGUAAGUUUCCUUUUGUUGAGAAUUAAUUUGUGCUUGGAGAUGAGAGAUCUUUGUUGAGAAUUAGUGUACGAAAAAAUGUCUACUUCAGAGGUGUCGAUUAAAGGUUACAGCGAGCCAAUUGAUGGCUCAAGGCCGGUCUCAGAGACUGUUCGGAGUGCUCCCGUUGUCGGAAAAGUCGAUGCUGAGACAGCGUUGUACACGGAGCUUUGGCGCGCGUGUGCCGGUCCACUUGUGACGGUUCCUCGUGAGGGUGAGCUGGUGUACUACUUUCCUCAAGGUCAUAUCGAGCAGGUUGAAGCAUCAACUAAUCAAGUGGCUGAUCAGCAGAUGCCUUUGUAUAAUCUUCCUUCUAAGAUCCUAUGCCGCGUGGUUAACGUCCUGUUGAAGGCUGAACCAGACACUGAUGAGGUGUUUGCACAAGUGACUUUGAUGCCGGAGCCAAAUCAAGAUGAGAAUACUGUGAAGAAGGAAUCUAUGCGCCCUCCUCCACCACGAUUUCAUGUACACUCUUUCUGUAAGACACUAACAGCAUCCGAUACAAGCACUCAUGGUGGAUUUUCCGUCUUGAGACGGCAUGCUGAUGAAUGUCUCCCCCCACUGUUUAGAAGAAUUCAGUUAUUAUGGGAUAUGUCUCGACAGCCUCCAACACAGGAGUUGGUGGCCAAGGAUUUACAUGGGAAUGAGUGGCGCUUCAGGCAUAUAUUCCGCGGCCAACCAAGGAGGCAUCUUCUUCAGAGUGGUUGGAGUGUCUUCGUUAGUUCAAAAAGGCUUGUUGCUGGGGAUGCAUUCAUAUUUCUUAGAGGUGAGAAUGGGGAGCUUCGUGUUGGAGUUAGACGUGCCAUGAGACAACAGGGAAAUGCUCCAUCAUCGGUGAUAUCAAGUCAUAGCAUGCAUCUCGGUGUACUCGCGACAGCUUGGCAUGCCAUUCAAACAAAAACAAUGUUCACCGUGUAUUACAAACCAAGGACAAGCCCUACCGAGUUUAUAGUUCCAUAUGACCAGUACAUGGAGUCCGUGAAAAACAAUUACUCCAUUGGAAUGCGGUUUAAGAUGAGAUUUGAAGGUGAAGAAGCUCCAGAGCAGAGGUUUACUGGAACUAUAGUUGGCACGGAAGAUUCUGAUCCCAAAAGGUGGCCCGAGUCCAAGUGGAGAUGUCUGAAGGUUCGGUGGGAUGAAAAUUCUACCAUUCCCAGGCCAGACCAAGUUUCGCCCUGGAAAAUAGAGCCAGCUCUUAGCCCUCCUGCACUUAAUGCACCUCCAAUUGCAAGGCCAAAAAGGCCUAGAUCCAGCAUUUUGCCCUCAUCUCCUGAUUCAUCUGUCCUCACUAGGGAAGGUUCAUCCAGAAUAACUGCAGACCCUUCACAAGCCAGUGGAUUUUCGAGGGUCUUGCAAGGUCAAGAGUUAUCGACCUUGAGAGGCGGUUUUGCAGAAAGUAAUGACUUGGACGUAUCUGAGAAACCGAUGAUAUGGCCACCAUCAGUGGAUGAUGAGAAGAUUGAUAUUCAUUCUGCGUCAAAAAGAUAUCUGUCAGACAAAUGGUUACCUUUAGGGAGGCCUGAGUCAUCUCUCACAGAUCUAUUAUCAGGUUUUGGAGUGCAAAAUAACUCCUCCCAUGGGUUCUGUUUACCCUCUGCGGACAAAACAGCAUUUGGUGCUAGCUUGGUGAAGCGACAAGCACAAGACCAGGAAAAGGAUUUCAGCUUACUGGGAAAGCCAUGGUCUCUGUUGUCUUCCGGUCUCUCACUUAAUCUGAUGGAUUCAGGAUCAAAAGCUCCUGGCCAAGGUGGUGAUACUCCCUAUCAAAUGCAGGGAGAUGCUAGGUAUAGUGGUUUUGGCGAGUUUUCAGUCCUUCCUGGUCAUAGAGUUGACAAUCAGCAGGGAAGCUGGUUUAUGCCUCAAUCAGUGUCGCCUUACUUUCAGCUCUCCUCUCAUUCAAGAGAAUUGAGGCAUAAACCCACUGUAGUUCAGAAACCGGAGGCUGUGAAACCCAAAGAGGGAAACUGCAAACUCUUUGGCAUUCCCCUUACAAGUAAUGUUUGCACAGAUCCUGUAAUGACACGGAAACGUUCAUUGAUGGACUCAGCAAGUAACAUGAAUAUUGGUAUAAAUUCUCAUCAAUCCCCUGCUACUGAUUCUGAUCAAAGGUCUGAGCAAUCAAAGGGAUCGAAGGUGCUAGAUGAUGGGAUUACAGCUAAUGAUCAGGACAAACAAUUUCAUACCUCUCAUCUUGCUGCUAGAGAUAGGGAUGCCAAAGGUCAUAGUAGUUCAACAAGGAGCUGCACCAAGGUUCACAAACAGGGUACAGCACUCGGAAGGUCCGUGGAUCUUGCUAAAUUCAACAAUUACGAUGAAUUAAUUGCUGAACUGGAUCAGCUUUUUGAUUUUAAUGGUGAACUCAAGGCUCGGAGUAAGAGUUGGCUGGUUGUGUACACUGAUGACGAGGGUGACAUGAUGCUUGUUGGAGAUGAUCCAUGGCAGGAAUUUUGUGGUAUGGUUCGCAAGAUUUUUAUCUAUACAAAAGAUGAGGUGCAGCGGAUGAAUCCCGGAACUCUUAAUUCAAAAGGUGAAGACACUUCCUCUGUUGCAGAAGGCUCAGAAGCCAAAGAAGUGAAGAGUCUGCAACAUCCUUCUGAAUCUGGUCAAGAAGAAUCCUAGAUUUUCCUCAAUCGAGGUUUAUAAGAUAGCAGAGGAGAUGGCUUGUAUCCGCCUUGGUGUUGCUUUUUGGGGGAUUUUUGAAGAUAGUAACAUACAGUAUCAAGUCCCUUUUGGCCUCUGGAUGUGAUGGUCUCUCCAUAUAUAUAUGCCAGCUUCAAUAUUUGCAGUUUUGGACCCCCUUUUUGGAGCCAAUUUCUGGCCUCGUGUCGAUCUAUACAUAGUAUAUGUAAAUUAUCAGCGUGGUCAUUAACCUUGCUAUUGUCAAUCCCAUUCUGUACAUACCCUGUUUACCAAUUUCUCUAGCUCUAGAUGUAAGUAAGAUGUUGAUACAUCACGUACCUGUCUGUUGAUAUACGUGAAACUAGUAUCCAACUGCUUCAGGCAGACUACAUAUUUUGUAUCAGCAAUUAUGGUAAUGCGUUAGAAAAGAAGUUUUUUCUGGGUGAACA